UCUGUAAAAUGAAAUCUACGGAUUAUUCAACCAGACGUGCCUAUUCUUAAGCUUCAGACAAACUUCUAAAGAAACAUAUAUCCGUACAGAGGCAUGACUAUUUGUCGGAAAAUACUUUUAUCUUUUUGCGAGAAAAAAUAAAUAAUUGAACAAGACAAACUGUUAUUUCUACCGCAACAUUAGUUAAACAAAAAUAUUCUUCGAUAAAAUGAUUAAAAAGAAGUUCCAUUUGACAUGUCUUUUUCACACGUGAGCAGCAGACGGAUGCAUGUAAAAGCUACUUCCGGAAUAAUUUUACGCUGUAGAUUUUGAAGAGAAAAGGAAUAAAAGAUUGAAUUAGGUCUUAUUGAUCUGGAAAAUCACAGAGACUAUGGACAAACGGUACGAUCCGUGAUCAUAUGAUGAAACAUAUUAAAAUUGUAUUAACUUUAGAUAUUGAAUGGAUUUUCCACGGCAUACAUGAUGACAACGAUACCAUUAUAAAUUGAUUUGAUUUGGAAAUGGAGCGAUUUGUAAAAGUGUUUAUGUUACAUCCAUUCCUCAUUUUUUAUAUUGAAUUUCCAUGAUUUAUAGUCAUUACUCGUUACAAGAGCAGAAAUGACUAUGACUCGGAAGUCAAACGUUAAACUGACUAUUAGCGUGGCGGAUCAGGGCCAUCAUGACGACUGUAAUGACACUUCAGAAUGGAAAUUUAUUAAUCACUCUAGUGAUUCGGAUGAUCUCCUUUACUCACCAAAGCACGAGCAGAGUAGGAAAUUAAAAUUCGAUUUCAUGGAUGUAGACAUCGAUACAGAAAAUAAUAGCAUUAGACGAAACGAUAUAGAAAAGGAUCUUACAGGAUUAUCAAAACGUGGUCUUGGUAGUAAAAGGUAUGCGGAACCACGAAUGUCUUUACUCGGAAAACCUCUAAAUUACCGUGCCCACAGGAAAGAUGCACGUGUUCGGAGAUUACAAGCACGAAUUUAUAAUUUUCUUGAAAGACCAAAAUUAUGGGCAUCAGUAAUUUACCAUAUAGCUAUGUUUGUAGCUUGUGUGUCUUGUCUCGUUUUAAGUGUGUUGGCUACCAUAGAUGAUCUAUCAACAGAAGUUAUUUCCGAUGUUAUUAUGUACAUAGAACCUGCCUUGUUAAUAUGGCUGAUUACAGAGUAUAUUGUACGUAUUUGGGCAGCUGGCUGUCGAUCCAGAUACCAAGGGUGGAGUGGAAGAUUCAGGUUUAUGAGAAGACCAUUAUGCAUUAUAGAUUUAAUUUUAAUUAUUUCCAUUGUCGUGAUAUUAUUUGUUGGAUCACUAAGCUCAGCAUUCGCCGCUACAUCACUCCGAGGUCUUCGGUUCUUCCAAAUUCUACGAAUGGUUCGAAUGGACCGUCGUGGAGGGUCUUGGAAACUCUUAGGAUCAGUUAUAUGGGCUCACAGACAGGAGCUGUUAACAACGCUGUAUAUAGGAAUUCUAGGUUUACUUUUCUUUUCAUUCCUCGUUUUUCUCGCCGAAAAAGAUUCCGAAAAACCAAAAUUAAAAAGUUUUGCUGAUGCAAUUUGGUGGGGCGUGAUAACAUUAUGCACGGUGGGAUAUGGGGAUGUAGUACCUCAGACGUGGGCUGGAAAGGUUAUUGCAGGAUUUUCAGCUAUCUUAGGGAUUUCAUUUUUUGCUCUACCUGCAGGAAUACUUGGUUCAGGGUUUGCUCUUAAAGUACAACAACAGCAACGACAAAAACACCUCAUUCGUAGGAGAGUUCCAGCCGCCAUGUUGAUACAGAGUCUGUGGCGUUGCUAUGCAGCCGACAGAAAUUCUAUAUCUAUAGCUACAUGGAAACCCCAUAUGAUUCCCUGUCCUAGUCCGACGGCUGAUAGACAGUUUAAAAAUAAUGCGUCAUUUGUCAGUCGCUUUUCUACAAGACGGCGAGAUAGAAGUACCGGCGGAAGUAACCAUAGUCAUUCCGGAAACCCUCAUUCCCCAUUGAUACAGCCGAGAAAGGAAAACAAUCGAAGAACAAAUCUCUCAGACCAAGAGGAAGUUCCAGAUACAUUGCAUAGGAAUUUGAUAUCAGAAUGUAUCAGCCUUGUAAACAGGACCUGGAGCCAUUUGAGUCUUGCUACAGGAAUAGCAGAUCACAGAGUGGAUCAACUUCCGCUUAGGAAAGAUAACCCGUCACCGCCAUUAUCGUAUGAAGAUGACCUCGACCACUCUCCAAAAUUACACCAAAUAACUGAUGUAGAUAAACAAGCCAUAAGGGCAUUACGAAAAAUCAAAUAUUUUGUUGCUAGACGAAAAUUUAAGGAAGCUUUGCGACCUUAUGACGUCAAAGAUGUCAUCGAACAAUAUUCGGCUGGCCAUGUGGACAUGCUUGGUCGUGUUAAAAAUUUACAGUGCAGAUUAGAUGUAAUUCUUGGUAAACAAGGCAGCAAGAAAAAAGAUGUUUAUGAUUGCAAUCAAAGUCUUGCUUCCAGAGUUGUUAAAGUAGAAAGAUCUGUUGAAGAUAUAGAAUCAAAAAUGGAUUUGCUCAUCGAUAUGUACAAAGAAGAUAGGAAAAUACUCUUACAAUCUGCUCAAAGACAGUCGUCAUCAAACCCGCCAUCACAUACAGAAAUUACUUCCUGUUUGAAAAAUUCUUUAACGGCUCCUCGUUCAAUUUUACAAGACAAAAUAUCAAGUGAACCAUCAACCCCUACAAUUCGUAAUGCAGAAAAAGCAAUGCAAAGAAAUCUAUCUGAUUUAGGACAACGAAUCAAAAAGCGUGUUACUUAUCGUUUACUAUCGUUAAACGAAUCCGAAAAGCCUUCAAAACAUUCAGACAAGCAAAAAUCUAGACGCUUAUCGAGUGACUCAGCGUCUGAUACAGACGACAAAGAAUUUGUAUUUGACGAUAGAAAUGAAGAUUUGAACAGUGAACCAGUCAUCAAUUAUUCAGUCGAAGAAGAGACACGGACAGAUCCGAUUCCUUCACAUAAUCAAAAUAAUCAUUCCAUAAAAGGAAAACGGAAACUGUCGUCAAAACGGCGGGAAAAAGCCAGUGAUUGUAAUGAUUCUGUAUGCAACAGUUAUGGGAGUUCAAAAGAUUUUAAUUGUUAACACUCUUUUAUAUUAAAGUUUUGUUAUUUACAA